AUCUCAGUCAUAUCUCAGUCAUAUCCAGUCAAAUCUGAAGCCUUCUUUAGAUAUGCCAUAGAUUAUUCAGAUUACCGUCAUCUUAGUUGAUUUUUCAAAAUAUGUGCACAAAUUCUUUUUAAUGGCCACACAAUAAAAUAAAACGACAGACGUGACUGCAAAAAGAACGACAUCAAAUGUUAAGACGCAGAUUUAAUCUUGUUGUCUCUAAGAGCGAGCCUAUCAUGAUUCGUGAAUACCUUGCGCUGUUAUGUAACUAAAGACGCACGGAUAAUUUUCGGAGUGCAAACUGAACCAGGAAUUCGCGCAAAAUUGAAGUUGUACAAGUACAAAUCUGAAAGUUGGUAGAAUGUUGAAGAAAAUUGUUCGCUGGCGUUUCGUCUUUAUUGUCCUCCUCAUUGGCUCCAUUCUGUGGUUUACUAACUUCACUCGAAAAAAUUCUCCGGAAAUACAGACAAAACAAAAAGUUACAAUCAAUGCUGCCGACACGGUGGCGAAGAAGCCUGAGGCGUUAAAGUGGAGAAUGAAGAGCUUCCCAAAACCUCACUUUUCAUCUCAACUCAAUGUAAUUGAAGUUGAAACAGAUACAUUGCCGCAGAAUUCGAUACAGCAAAGACCGGUACUAGAAACACCAAAGUUGGAAAAAACAGUUAGGAUGUUCUCAAGUCCUCAGUUGUCGUCCCAACUCAACGUACUAGAAACACCAAAGUCGGAAAAAACAGUGAGGACAUUCUCAAAUUCUCAGUUGUCAUCUCAACCCAACGUGCUAGAAACACCGAAGUCGGAAAAAACAGUGAGGACAUUCUCAAAUCCUCAGUUGUCAUCUCAAUCGAAAGUGAUUGACGUUGAAAAAAAUAUAUUGCCGAAUAUGGUGAAAAAGCCGGCUCCACUGAAACCUCGCUUUUCAUCUCAACUCAACGUAAUUGAAGUUGAAGCAGAUACAUUGCAGAUUUCAAUACGACGAAAACCAAAAGUGACUUUACCUCUGCCAGAGAAUAUCUUGCAACAGGUUGGAAAGGAAGAGUGGAUAAGCAGGAGUAUCUUUGAUAAAAAGGUUUCUUGUGCAAGCCCAGCGGCCAAAAAGGAUAAAGAGAAGACAAGUUCGAAGUCAAAUAUGACCUGUCAGAUACCAAAUCUGAAUCCAUUCCAUCCUUCUAUAAUGAAAUUUAUCAAUAGAGUCCAAGGCUCCAGCUGUAAUCGGUAUAGAUCUUGUGGAAAGCUUGUUAACGGCAUCUUCCACAUCACAGACCCAAAUGUCGUCUCCGCAAAGUAUCGGUCAAUUCUCAGACGCGGGGAUUUCAAUUACGUGCUUGGAGCUUCCACUAAAAUAUCCUCAACAGAAAAAAUUAAGGACGAAUUUAUCGAAGUUGAAUGCAGAGUGAGAAAUGGCCGAUUUUUACGCGAGUUAUGGCUCCAACCUGUUCCACAUGAACAUUUAUUAAAGAGCAAAGGCAAUAAAGUUCCUGGAUUACCACUGAACAUACUUAUCGUCGGAAUAGAUUCACUCUCGCACGCUCACACUCAGCGGAAACUGCCGAAGUUUUACAAAUAUUUAAAGAAUGAACUUGGAGCAAUUAUUUUUAACGGGCAUAGCAUUGUGGGAGACGGGACGACCGAGCAACUGACCGCCAUGCUAACUGGACUAGGAGAGUUGGAACAGUAUGAGUCUAGGAGACAUCAUAGGAAUCCAAGGCCUGUUGAUGGAUGGACAUGGAUAUAUCGGGAACUCAAGAAUAAUGGCUACCUGACAGGAUAUUCCUCCGAUGCUCCAAAACUUGGUGUUUGGCAAUAUCGGCUUUUAGGUUUUAAUAAACCGCCCACAGACUUCUACACCCGACCUUUCUUCCUGCGAGCUUCCACUAACAUUCGGGGGGAAAAGAUUGAUUACUGUCUGGGUUCAAUGAACAUCGCGCAACAUCAGUUUAGGUACAUUCGUGACAUUUUUGAUACAUUUCCAAACAAACUGAAGUUUCUACUUUCUUAUAAUGUGUUAUUCUCUCAUGACGACAUAAACCUAGUUGAAAACAUUGAACCAGAUUUGAUCUCUUUGGUACGAGACUUGAAGACGAAAGGACAACUGAACAAUACUCUUUUGAUCGUGAUGGGUGACCAUGGAGCCAGGUUUGGGCAAAUACGCAUGGAAAUCCAGGGAAAGUUAGAGGAACGUCUGCCGUUAUUUUCCAUGGUAUUUCCACCCUGGUUCUCCGCAAAAUACCCGGAGCUUUACAAGAACCUACGAACCAAUACCGAUCGUUUGACGUCGUGGUACGACGUUCAUGCGACCUUCCGACAUAUGUUAAACUACCCACACAUGCCGUCGGAUAUUAAACACGGUCAGAGUCUUCUCGAGGAAAUACCUGCGUCACGUGACUGUGCACAGGCUAACGUUGCUCCACACUGGUGCCCGUGUCAAAGAUGGUCAGCAGUCGACGCUUCGGAUAGUCACGUGCAAAACGCAGCCAUGGCCGUCGUUGACUAUAUUAACAGCCAAAAUAGUGAGCAUGCUUCAAGCAAAAGGUUUUGUGAAAUUUUAGAUCUUGAAAAAGUCCACUACGCUUUAAUGGAACUUCCCAAUGAAAAGGUCAUGAACUUUCACGAGACAAGCGACCUUAGACCUGUUUUCAACGCCCGUAAACGACCAAAACAGAGAGAUUUUUGUCGAUAUCAAAUUCAGUUAAAAACUAGCCCUAAUAAUGGUAUAUACGAAGCAACUGUAAGAUAUCAUUUAGGAUGGUUCAUUGUGAGCAAGGAUGUUAGCCGUGUCAAUCAAUACGGUCAGCAACCUGAAUGCAUUGCAAGACAGUUGCCACAUUUAAGAAAAUUUUGUCUCUGCAAAUUGGACGUGAAAUCAACUGCCUCGACUGCUGAGUAGAGUCAGAAUAAUUAUAGAAUAAGAACAAGUCUCUCAGAAUAAUUUACUAUCCUAUGGAGAACUAUCCUAUUCUAGGACCUCGAUUUGACUUUGAACUAGAUUUGUCCUCGUGUUGGUGACUAGAAAUUAAUUCACCCCGGUUUACUUUUCUGAAAAUUCAUUGUAUUUACAGACUCACAGUCAAUGAACACCAAAAUAUGAGCGGGAGUAUUUUAAAUUGUCGGGCUGGACACACGCGCGCUACUUGGCUGGGUACCUUGAAAGUGACCUUCCGCAAUACUGGUUAUUUCUUUACAUAAAAAAAAUUCUUUCAUAAGAAGUUAAACAAGGUCAUAGUCACGGCGUCUCAAGCCAUUUGGCUCAGUUUUUGUUAGCAAAACAAAUCUAAUGCGAAAAGCCAGGAUUCUUUUUAUUUUCCUAAUAGGAAAUGAUCUGUGCCCACUUGUUCUAAUUUGAGAGCAGUUUACAAGAAAGUUCUCUAAUUCAGUUGCAUUUCUGACCCUAUAAAAAAAAACUU